AUGUUUUUCGAUACGGAGCACAAUUCACUCGACACUGUCAUCAGCUCUUUGCACGGCGCAUUCUCCGAGACUGCGCUAAAGAUGUGGGCUUAUAUACGAUGCUUGUCUGCGUCUACCCGACUUUCGGCAACUCUAAUAAUCAAUACUAUUAAAAAAGUGGUGGAUAUAGCUUUUCUGAUCCUCACGAGCAAAUGGAGGAAGAAGCGAUUCGAAAAGUAUGCAUGCGAGAUUCGCAAGGCGCAAGUUAUAGCGACUGGAUAUUCGGCCUUUUUGGACGUGCUACAUCGGCGACAGACGGGGUAUGGCGAGGUGAUUGCCUGGUUGAGAGAAGAGACAACUCGACUUGCCACGACGAGAUAGAAAUAAGUCUUUAUGACCAAUACAUUAUCUAUCU